AUGGCGGCUUUCGACGACCCGGUCGACUUCGACAUUAUCGAGAACCAGAAGGAGAACAUUCAAACACUUCCAGGUGGCCGAUCGGCAAGAGAGCUUGCCCGCAUCUUUUCAGCGGGCAGCAACAGUGACUCGAUUCCAGCACCGUCUCCGAACGCGACCAGGACCCUUAACGAUGCCGUGCGUGAAGAAUUUGAAGGCGAACUGCACUCAAUUGGAGAAUCAGAUGACCCGCUGGAUGUUUACGACCGUUACGUUAAAUGGACCCUGAACGCCUACCCAUCCGCACAAGCGACUCCAGAGUCCGGUCUCCUUCCCUUGUUGGAGCGGGCCACCAAAUCUUUCCUCUCAUCAUCACACUACAGAAACGACCCUCGGUAUUUGCGGUUAUGGCUCCAUUAUAUUCGACUUUUCUCGGACGCACCGCGCGAAACAUUUGCAUUCCUCGCCCGUCACCGCAUUGGUGAAAGCCUAGCUCUCUUUUACGAGGACUUUGCCGGCUGGCUGGAGGGUGCAGGACGGUGGGCACAAGCGGACGAGGUCUAUAGGCUUGGUAUGGACCGUGAAGCGCGACCUGUCGAGAGACUGGCGCGGAAGUACAGCGAGUUCCAAGAUCGAUAUGAACAGCGACCACAAGACGCAGGUCCAUCCUCGCCCGCGUUACCGGCAGUCCGUCCAGCCCUAGCUGCGAAAACAAACCCCUUCGCCUCAUCAGAAAGCCCUGCUGACCCACAGGCUGCACGACCAUCGCCUGCAGCUGCCCCCAAGACGAAAUCCGGGAAAACGAAGAUGGCCAUCUUCUCAGAUACUGAUUCUGCUGCACCAGGCCCAGCGACUGGUGGAGCGACAAAGGGAUGGGACAGCAUUGGAUCGAUUCGAGAUCGCAAGAAGGAGAACGAAGUGGAGGCUAAGCCAUGGGCUGGUGAAACCUUGAAGGCUGGCAAGAAGGCUGCGCCAUCACAGAAGAUGGCGAUUUUCAGGGACGAGUCCAAACCAGAUUUACCUACCAAAGAACCAAAUCCUCCCAAGCAAUUGCCGGAACAUCAUGUAAGGGAAGCGGUAAACCCUCGCACCGGGCGUCGAGAGCGCGUAUUUGUCGACUUGGAAUCAGUAUACCCAGAUCGCAAAAAUCCAGCACAUGAAAUGAGUUUCGAAGAGCUCCGAUCCAUUAGUCGUGGGUGGAUGGACAAGAACUGGAAGAAACAGAAAGAGCCCUUGCAACAAAUUUCAGGGAAUGCCAAUGCAACGGAGGAUCUACCGGAGCACCUGGCUGAGAACCUAACAAUCUCUGGAAAUUCGCAAUCUUACGAUCGGGAUGAGGGCAAAUCAAGCAAACCUAGACGCACGGAGGCUAAAGGGGAAACGACGCAGACCCAGACAGUCUAUAAAGUCAAGAUGAAUUUCGACUCACCGUCCAAGUCAAAAUCGAAAUCCCGGCGGAAGAGCACCAGGGAGCCGACAAUGACUAUGCACACGCGGGCAGCGACUGAUGAGAUCUAUAGCAUCUUUAACCAGCCAUUGAAGGCGGAAACCGAGGCAGAUGCGGACAGCUUCUGCGGCAGUGAUUACGAGGACGAGGAUUGCGAUAGCACCGGCACAGGUCAUAUUUCAGCGGCAUCGAGCGACUUUGGCGACGAUGAAACUCAGACAACAUUCCACAAAUCCUACGAUGAUACCGAAUACGCCGAUACCACCAGGGCUGAUAGUGUUGAUGGGGGUGAAUGGACAGAAUUCGACCCCGGCCGCGACAUUCCUAGUAUCGACAAUGCCGAGCUGACGUCUCAGUCUGUCGCAGGCGAGGAAGCAACUCUUUCUUCGCAAGGGACACCAGAGCGGAAGGGCUUCAUCCCAGAGAUGCCCGAGGAUUAUGCUCCACCAUGGGGAACCUACCGUGACCCUGCUGUCAUGGCCCAGAAUCGACUUCCCUUUAUGACACCGAUUGUGGAACGAACAGAAAGUUCCAUACUUUCUCUGACAGCCGCUCGCAAUAACAUGUACAAUGCGAAAACACCUUCUAAGCCUCGAUCACCCGCUGCCGAUCUUCUUCUUGAUAGUCCGUUAGAAGAGGAUCAUACUUUCGCCUCUACGGCGGAUGUUCCGUUCAGCCCAACGGCUUUCAAGGCGCUUGCACCUAAGCUUCGAAGACGGGAAGUUGUCAUCAGAGACUCGCAGUGUAAUCCGACUGACAAAGGGAUACGCAAUACGAUUCUUAACUCGUUGGAACCGCCGCUUGACACAUACACUGGGUAUCAUGGUCACGUCAAAGACAGCAACUAUGCCUCGAUUAUCCAGAAGUUUGUGAAGAGCAAUACCAGAAGAUCUAAGAGUGGCGAUGAAGCGUUUGAUACACCAAUUCUCGAAUUCCCAGGGGCCGAACGAAGCUACAUUGUCCGACGGGAACUUGGAGCCGGCGCAUAUGCUCCAGUGUAUCUUGCAGAGAGCGUGGACAGUCUUGAAUCCUACGACUCUGAUUCAGACAACGGUGCCAGUUCGAAUGGCAGAGGCUCUCGCCCCAAAGUGAACGCCUAUGACACACCCCGUUACCCCUUCGAGGCAGUCAAGGUGGAGAACGGACCAUCCAGUGCCUGGGAAUUCUACAUGAUCCGCGCCGCUUAUGAACGUCUCCGACAAUCUGUAGAUCAUACACGUGCUACAGACAGCAUUGUCCGUGCCCACGAGUUGCAUGUGCAUAAGCGUGAGAGCUUCUUGAUUGAAGACUAUCGUGGACAAGGAACCUUGCUCGAUUUGGUCAACAUCGUUCGCAACGAGUCCAUUGCCUCCAAUAAUCAUGCCGAGGGUGGUCUUGAAGAAGCAAUGGCAAUGUUUUUCUCCGUUGAGUUACUCCGAACCGUCGAAGCACUCCACGCCACCGGAGUACUUCACGGCGAUAUCAAAGCUGACAAUUGCCUUGUCCGUCUCGACGACUCCAACCACAACGAACCACCUACAAAGGGUCUUUCCCUCCUCGAUCUCGGCGCAGGUGAUACUCCGACUGACCCCCGCGAAGGCCCCCACUAUUCCCCGAGUGGCUCUCACGGCUGGACACAAAAGGGUCUCACCUUGAUUGACUUUGGUCGCGGUAUCGACAUGCAAGCAUUCUCCCCAAAUGUCCAAUUUAUCGCGGACUGGGAAACCGGUACACACGAAUGCAAUGAGAUUCGGGAGGCCAGACCCUGGACCCAUCAAAUCGACCUAUACGGCAUUGCCGGUGUCAUCCACGUUCUCCUCUUCGGUAAAUACGUCGAGUCCACCCCAGUGGACAGCCACGACGAGAACUCGCCCCCGGGAUCCUCUCGCACAUACCGUAUCCGCGAAUCGCUCAAGCGCUACUGGGACCGUGACUUGUGGACCAGCGUCUUUGACCUCCUGUUGAAUCCGGGUGCGGAGCGCUGGCAGCGCAUCGAGCGCGACAACGGUCCACCAGAAGCGGCUUUGUCUACAGCACCUAUUCUUCCCGUGUUACACUCCAUGCGCCAUGUCCGCCGUGGCAUGGAAGAGUGGCUUCUUGCUCAUGCGGAAAAGAAGGGUCUUGCACUUCAGCUUCGCAAGGUUGAGCACCUUCUCGCGGAACGAAAGAAGAAGCUGGAGAAGUGA